AUGGGUGUAAAGACCAGAGAAUCUACUUUAUAUUUUCCAGCUUUACUUCAAGUAACAAUUUCACUUAGCAAAGUUGAGCUCAGUGUGGGUGAAUCCAAGUUCUUCACAUGCACAGCCAUUGGUGAGCCUGAGACCAUAGACUGGUACAACCCCCAGGGAGAGAAGAUUGUUUCCAGUCAGAGGGUGGUUGUUCAGAAGGAAGGCAUCCGCUCACGCCUCACCAUUUACAACGCAAACAUAGAAGAUGCUGGUAUAUACCGGUGCCAAGCAACAGAUGCUAAAGGACAAACUCAAGAAGCUACUGUGGUUUUGGAGAUUUAUCAAAAGCUCACUUUUCGGGACAUAGUGUCUCCACAAGAGUUCAGGCAGGGGGAAGAUGCAGAAGUUGUGUGCCGUGUUACGAGUUCACCUGCUCCCAUUGUCAGCUGGUUGUAUCGCAAUGAGGAAGUCACAGCUAUUGCUGACAAUCGAUUUGCGAUAUUAGCAAACAAUAAUCUCCAAAUUCUCAAGAUCAAUAAAAGUGAUGAAGGAGUUUACAGAUGUGAAGGAAGAGUGGAAGCAAGAGGAGAAAUUGACUUUCGGGACAUAAUUGUUAUUGUGAACGUGCCCCCUACGAUCAUUCUGCUGCAGAAGUCCUUCAAUGCCACGGCAGAUCGAGGAGAGGCAGUAACUCUGUUCUGCAGAGCCACUGGAUCGCCUCCCCCUGAGAUCACUUGGUACCGGAAUGGUAAACUUAUUGAAGAAAAUGAAAAAUAUGUCCUGAGAGGAAGCAAUACACAACUAACAAUAAGAGAUAUAAAAAAUAUCGAUGCAGGUCCUUAUAUCUGCAAUGCUAAAAACAAAGCAGGAAAUGACAAAAAACAGACAGUCCUUCAAGUUUUUGUGCAGCCUCAAAUCAUACAACUUAAAAAUGAAACCACAUUUGAGAAUGGGAAAGCAACCCUCAUCUGUGAAGCAGAAGGAGAGCCUGUUCCAGAGAUUACUUGGAAGAGGGCCAUUGAUGGAAUGACUUUCUCUGAAGGGGACAAGAGCCCAGAUGGCCGCAUAGAAGUCAAAGGGCAGCAUGGGAAGUCGUCACUGCAUAUUAAAGAUGUGAAGUUGUCAGAUUCAGGGAGAUAUGACUGUGAAGCGGCAAGUAGAAUUGGUGGGCACCAAAAGAGCAUGUACCUUGAUAUUGAAUAUGCUCCGACAUUCCUGUCCAAUCAAACCAUGUAUUACUCUUGGGAAGGCAAUCCUAUCAAUAUAAGCUGUGAAGUGCUGGCAAAUCCAUCUGCCUCUGUUCAGUGGAAAAGAGGAAAAUUAGUUUUACCUGUAAAAAAUACAACUCAUUUGAAGACCUACAGUACAGGAAGAAAGCUGAUUCUGGAGAUUGCUCCCACAUCUGACAGUGAUUUUGGACGAUAUAAUUGUACAGCCACAAACAGAAUAGGAACAAGAUAUCAAGAGUAUACACUUGGUCAAGCUGAUGUGCCAUCAAACCCGUAUGGAGUGCGAGUUUUAGAGCUGUCCCAAACCACUGCCAAGGUUUCCUUCAAUAAGCCAGACUCUCAUGGAGGUGUGCCCAUUCACCACUACCAAGUGGAUGUGAAAGAGGUAGCCUCGGAAACCUGGAAAAUAGUUCGCUCCCAUGGAGUUCAAACUAUGGUUGUUCUGAGCAAUUUGGAACCAAAUACAACCUAUGAAAUCAAAGUAGCUGCUGUAAAUGGAAAAGGGCAAGGAGAGUACAGCAAAAUUGAGAUCUUUCAGACCUUACCUGUCCGGGAGCCAAGCCCCCCUUCAAUUCAUGGACAACCAGAGAGUGGCAAGAGUUUUAAACUUAGCAUAACUAAACAAGAUGAUGGAGGUGCUCCAAUACUGGAAUAUAUUGUCAAAUACAGAAGUAAAGAUAAGGAAGACCAGUGGCUAGAGAAAAAAGUGCAGGGUAGUAGAGACCACAUCAUCUUAGAGCAUCUUCAGUGGACCAUGGGUUACGAAGUACAAAUUACAGCUGCCAACAGACUGGGUUAUUCUGAGCCAACAUUGUAUGAAUUCAGCAUGCCACCAAAGCCCAACAUUAUUACAGACACUCUUUUUAAUGGUCUUGGACUUGGUGCUGUCAUUGGCCUGGGAGUGGCAGCCCUUUUGUUAAUCCUGGUUGUGACUGAUGUUAGCUGCUUCUUUGUACGGCAAUGCGGAUUGCUCAUGUGCAUCACCAGGAGAAUCUGUGGGAAGAAGAGUGGUUCAAGUGGGAAAAGUAAAGAACUGGAAGAAGGAAAAGCUGCUUACUUGAAAGAUGGAUCAAAAGAGCCAAUAGUGGAAAUGAGAACAGAGGAUGAAAGAAUCACCAGCCAUGAAGAUGGGAGUCCAGUAAAUGAGCCAAAUGAGACAACUCCCCUCACAGAACCAGAGAAGCUGCCACUAAAGGAGGAAAAUGGCAAAGAAGCUUUAAAUCCAGAAACCAUAGAAAUCAAAGUUGCUAAUGACAUCAUCCAGUCAAAAGAAGAUGAUAGCAAAGCAUAAUAAGAUAAACUACAGCUGUCUGGAUAAUGCAUUUGGAUUGAAGUAAUCCUGUGACCAAAACUUUACAGCUGACCUUAAUUUCUUGGGAAACUUAAGCUUGGAAUAGUUAGUACAUGUGUACAUACGAUGAAACAGUUCCUGUCUACAGUUCUUUUCUAUAUUUUUUUUUUCUUGUUUGGUUGUUAAUGGUUUUAGUAUGCAAUUUUGCUGACACCAAGUCCCAUGCUAUAAAUCUGGAAAAUCUGCAGAAUAAGAACUGUAAUUUAUUAUAUGAAAAAGAGUGUCUACUUAGAAGAAAAAUUUUGAAGCACUCCUAACCACAAAAAAUCACAUCAGGCCUCUCCAGAUCUUACAGCGCAAGCUACAUACAUAAAGUGCAUAAAUAUGAUAAUGUAUUUAUUUCCAUUUAUAAUAAAAGGAAAUUUUAGGUUGCCUUUAGAAAAAAAGAACUCAACUAAACCAGUCUCAAUAUAUUGUUUAAGACCUUAACUCUGGCAGACACUCAAUAGCCGUUCCAGCUGUGAUUAUCACUUCAGGCAAUCGAAAAAACAAAACACUUCAACACAGAGUCAGGUCCCACUGCAGUUUCUCCUGGGUUCUUCAAUAAAUACAUUUUAAAAAAGCUAGUACUCACAAUAUACAAACUCAAAAAUUGGCUAAAUAUUUCACAACAGUUUAUUGGCCUCAUCCUAACUACAAGAAUGUAACUCCGAAAGGCUCCAGGAUUUUCAGUGAUUUAGGUUUUCUGUAUGAAAGUUUUGAAAGUUACAUGUGAACUAAAAUGCAGCCAAGGCAUAAAAAGAAAUCUGUUUUUAAUCAUAAUCUUCACUUCAAACGAAAACUUACAAAAUUUGUCCCAACAUAUUUAUACAUACAGGGUUUUCAUUUUUGUCUUAGUUCAAACCAUUUAGCUAAGGGAUAAAACUGUAGUUUAAUGAAGUAAAUACCUUUUCUCCCCAAAUCAAUAUAUAAAAUAUUAAACUUGGCCUUUUUGAAUCAGGACUUUUCCCUUUAUGAUUUUAUACCCUUUGUCUUAAGUACAAUGUGAGAACAGACAGAAAGGCGAUUUUGUCUAAGCAGUUUGGAACAAUUUUAAAUUAUUGACUAAUUCAAUCUUAUAUUCAACCAAAUUCAUGUUUUCCAUGUCAAGCUUUCCUUAAGAUAUUCCUUUUUAUUAUUCUGAUCAACACUCCCCACCAGGAAAUCUGACUGAUUUAUUUGAUCUUAAAUUCAUUCAUAUGAAUUAUUAAUUGAUUUAGUGGUGUCACUAAGUGGAGCAAUAUAAUUUGUUUCCAUUCCAGCACAGUGUAUCCACACCUACCAGACUUUUCAAAGCCUUGCUUUGAAAUAAGUAGAUAAACCAUAUAGAAAACUAGACUGGAAAAUUCUACUUGUCAGAAGUAAUUGGUAGAAUAAGUUGUGAAUUUUCCACAUCUAAGUCAUGCAUGAGGUUUAAGUGUAUUUUUACUCAUCAAAUUGUGUUUUCUCCAUCUAAAUUUUGAUAAUAUUUGAAGUCUUUGUACUUUUUGAAUUUUGUGCAUUAAAACUGAAAGUGAAAUGUAAAAGGAUCUCCUUAAAUUUGAGGAAUAUAUCAUAAUAACCUUCAACCCAAGUUUAAGUGCAUUUGAAAGAGCUGAGGAGAAUAUAUAUAUAUAUAAAUAUAUUUAUAUUUACUUCUUAGAUAUUUCUUAUUUUUCAAAACCAAGUUAUUUUAUGAGUUUUUUACAACUUUUUCUCACUUUGAGAAAUAGCUAAAAUGAACCAAGGAGUUGAGGACAGAGGCAUACUGCUGGCGUGGCUAGGAUAGGAGGCCAAGUUCCCACAAAAUCAGUACCAAAGUGAAAAUAAAAGGGUAAAAGGAGAUGGCAAUAUGGGAUGAAAGUCAUGGAAGAUUACAAUUGAAAAUUGCUGAAAAGAAGUAUCUCUAAAUGCUGAGACACUAAUUCUGGAGGAAGGAAAGACGAAGAUAUUCAUUUAUGAAUACUCAAUGUUGCUCCUACAUAAUGGGCAGGCAGUACUACUAAAUAACUGCUUGAAAUUAUCAGAUUUCUGAUAAUUUUUAAUCAGGUUUCCUGGUUCUUUCUAAGCACACAGCAAGCAGGCCUGCUCAUAACAUAUAAUUAGGAGAACAGUUGUUUUAUUUAUCUGUAUGGACUUGUAGUCUUUCCAGAAAGUGUGUAUUUGCAGCUGGGCUUUCUUCUUCUAUCAAAAUGCACAGAAGGAACCUGGACAACUCCAGCAACUGAGAAUGAUGUGGUUGGUGUGGCUUGAACCUCCUCUCGAACAAUAUUUUUACCAGGAUGAGGAUGAAGAUGGUAGACAUAGUUUACUCUUCACCUGCUGAGACAAAUUUGGAUGGUACCAUUCAAUCUUCUCUACACAAAUGGUGUUUUUUCUGAAGCUAGCCUGAUCAUUUCCAAAAGAAGGUGCCUAUACAAUGUAGCAGAACUAACAGUGUCUAGGCUCAACUGCAGAUGCAUUUCAAAUUUUAGUACUUUUUAGUUGAACUUACACAAAGAAAACCCCAAAAAAUUACCUAACAGUUCUAUAUUGGUGGUUUUUUUCUGUUUUGUUUUUUUUUUUUCUUCUUUUUUUUCCUGAUACGGCCUCUAAUUACAGUGUGAAGGGAUUAGAAGAUUUAAGAGGUCUUGUCAGCACAUUUAUUGCUAAUACACCUGUGCUACUCUUUACAAGCAAAAUAUAUUGCAGUAUUAUUUCAAUAUUGGAAGCAAAAGCAUUUCCCACUAUGCUGCAUUACAAAUCAAAAGCUGUUUCCAUGAGUGUUUAAUUUCUUCUUGCUGUUAUGUCUCUUGGCAGUUGAUCUGUGUGAGGGCUGAGAAUAAAACAGCUCUAAAUUUCUGAUGGACUGUCCAAGCACACCUUUUUGGUCUAUGGAUUAAUAGGUUAUCUCUUGUGCUUUAACUCUGUGCUGUGCAGGAGAAAACCAAACUCUCACUAUGAAAGAAUGCUGAAAAACACUGAUAUUUCAAAAUAGUUCCAAAUAUUUCCAAAUGAGGAAAUAAUUUACGCAUAGUAAUUUGUAAGAUAUAUGUAGAACUGGAAUAACAACAUUUGUUUAUUUUCUUUUCCUAUUCUAGAUUAAAAAAACAAAACAAACAAAAACAGGUAUCUGUAUAAAUGUCACUUUUACUGUCUAAAGUAAUUUUAAGUGUUAGUAUGAAAUGUCAGAAGAGUUGACAAAAUAUAACUAUUUGUAAAAGUAAUCUGAAUUGUUACACUAACAUACUCCAGGGACCAAGGUGGGAGGGAGCCAUUGAAAUUAGUACUGAACAAAAUGUGACAGUGACAAUCUCUUAAAAAAAAAAAAAAAAAGGAGUACAAUUAAGUAAAAUUACUUAAAGCUCCUUGGAAUUUUUUUAGUUUUUUUAGUGGACUUGAGUUCUGAUUUUCCACAAUAACAACAAAUUUUUAAUUAAUAUUUUACAAUUUAGUAAUCAAACGUACCCUGGAGAGUUUUUUCCUGGUUUUGUUGUUUAUUUGCCUUUUUUGACUUAUAAGAUUUUUUUGUGGUUGCAGAAAAAUAUUUGCUAUUCUGGUGAUGCUAAUGCCUAACGUGACAAAGAUUAAUUUAUUCAGGCCUCGGUCUUGCAAGAAAUUUUGUGUGGUUGAACCCACCCCUUCUGUGGCACUGCCCUGGCAUUAGUGGGGUGGAUGUGAGCUGGAAGGUGGAUGUACUUUCAUAAGAAACCUUGCAGGAUUGGGCCAACUUUCUAUCUCUUCAUAGAUAUCUACAACGUAGUUACACCGUGGCCAUCAUCUCCAAAGGCUGUUUGACACCAGUCCCUGGUGCAGUAAAUCCCAACUGCUGUCUUCAGCCUCUGCAUCGAUGUUCAUCCAAACAAAAGUGGCUUUCUUUUUAUGAUGGUAAUUAGUUUGAUUAUUUAUUUAAGUGCCAAUCAUCAAACUGUAGUAUAAUCAUCAUGCCGUUUUUUUCUGUUUCCUAGACCAGAUAAUGGAAAUGUAUUUGUGCCUUUUGAUAGCAUGCCACUCUGCUUUAUUAAAAAAAAAUCUUCAAUAAUUUGUCUACAAAGCCUGUUUAAAAUAAUGAAAGCUUUACUGUCACAUACUUUUCUGCUCGAAUAUUCUCAAAUAUACAUCUAAAUCAAUCUGAGGGUAUUAUUUUCAAAUAACAUAAAUAUUUGAAACAUAAAUUUGCAAAAAUUUUUGAGAUCCUGAUUCCAAUGAGGGUCAUGGUGGAUGUCUUACUGCUGAAAAGUUUCAAAUAGAUGAAGAAUGUAGUGGAUGUGUAGGGGUGUUUUGACCAAUUUCUCAAGUUCAAGAGUCAGAUAGAAAGUCUCCUUACUUCUAUUUAAGUGCUUAGACCUAAAACAUUAAAUCUGAAACAUUAAAUCCUCCAACCUGAAAGAUGCUAUGGAGCAUCUUCCCAGCACUUUACCUCUGGAGAUAAACUGGAGAGAAUGUUUGUUUUGCAAUCAUUUGCAGCCUCACCAUCGCUACGUAGGCUGCUGUAGGAAGAAACAUCUUUGCAGAAUAGUUGUGUCUGUUGGAUAUUCACUUCUGAUUAAAGAACCUCCAAAAAGACCAUUUACUGAGAAAGCUCAAGAGCUCUUUGAUCUAUGGAGGGGUGCUAAGAGUGCUGCACAAAGAGUUACAGUGCAGGAAUCCAGGUCUCAAUCCAGGCUCACGGGAUUUAAGACAAAAACUGAUUCCAGCAGGACCUGGAUUUUAUUCAUCCAUCUCAGCGAGUCUCUACGUGUCCUCAACUGAUGGAGCUGUUUUUGUGAACCAGAUUUCCUGGUGUAAGUGGAACUCAAAUGUCCUGCCAGACUCCUACUGACAUUUUGCACAGAGGAGGUUUUUCUAUCAGGAGUUUUUACUGAUUAGGAAAUUAUGAUAGAAUAUCCAAUGACAGUUUUAUCCCAUACAUUACAAUGUCCAGAAAGAAAAUAUCUCUUUAAAUAACUCAUUGUGGUUGCAAUACUUCUUUAGAUGAAGAUGAAAACCUUGUAAGUAAAUAAUGAUCCUUCUUAAAUCUCCUUGUUUAGCUUCAGAUAAUCUUUCUGAUAGAUGAAAAGCUACCAUGGUUAAAUUAACCUUUUUAAAAACUCUUCACCCCUUUUCCAGAUUUUAUCAGAUUUUUUUCAAGUUCCUGAAAUACCCUGUCCACUUGACAGCAGUUCUGUAAGUUUUAAGUGAUCUUCAGUAUUUCCACUGCUCAUAUGUGUUCUUAUAUCAAUUUACUUGGACCUGAGCCAAAAUAAGCCUUAAAAAUUUGGCUUUGGAUCAGUUUCUGAGAAUUCUCAGUUUAGCAGUCUAUCUUUUCUCUUAAGAGGCAUUGAGAUCCUCCUAAUGUUUGACUUUCAAACUUGAAUAUUGGCCAUUUUUAGCCCAGAGAAAUGAGAUAAAUAUUUAUUGCCAAAUUUGUAUUGGCAGCUUUUGGGUGACAGGUGAGAUGGGGAGCGGGCGAGGCGACCAGACGCGGUGCCGACAGAGCUCAGGAAAGCCAGGGAGAACAGGUGCCAAAGAGAGAGCCAGGAGAGGGCUGGGAGCAUCUCUCCUUACCACUGACAAGGGAAAAGGGGAGCAACUGAAGCAAGGGAGGCUGCUGAAGGGCACUGCCAAAAGGCAGGGUGAUGAGAGCUCUGAAAACCAGGGAAGAGGAGGAAUUAACCCUGCCACAUCCUUUAACUCCCCCAUGUCAUUAGGCUAUGGUUUUUCAGAUGUAAAAUGCAGGGUUGGAGGAAGUCAAGACGAACCCUCAGAGUCUCUACAGGUCAAUGACAAAUACAUAGAGGAGUCAGAUUCCCCCAGAAGAUAAUUUUAUUGCUCAUGGUGCAGAGUUCUCACUAAGAGUUUUGAACUACUUAGACAAGAUUUUAAAAAGAGAAAAAAAUAAAAAAGGCUUUCCUGCUGCACUGAGCAGUCGGUACGUAUUUGUAUGCUGUGUACAGUAUGAGCUAAAGCAUACCAUCUAUUGUUUUUGUUAUUUCACAUGUUGUCAACAGCCCACUUGCGAUAUCUGCCACCUGAAUUAUAUAUUGAUAAGUUAGCUACCACUGGAGCUAGUUUGUUUAUUGUUUCAGAAUCUUAUGUCCCUAUGAAAUGCUGUGUGUAUAUAUAUAUAUCUCUAUACUGUAAAAAGAAGUAAUAUCGCAGAUGCUGGUUUUGUAUUUAUGAAAGACAUUGAAAGUAUGGCUUAAAGUAUAUCAAUUAUUUGUCACUCUUCACCAUUUGUAUAUUAAUAGUAAAGAUACUUUUACUUUAAUGAA